AUGAGGGUAUUAGGACUAAUCUUCGACAGCAAAAUGACGUGGAAACACCAUAUUAAGUCGCUCAAGAGUGAAUGCCAAUCUAAACUCCGGAUACUUAAAAUACUAACAGCUAAACGAGCAGGAGCUAACCCAGACACCCUCCUAAAGCUCUACAAAGCACUCAUACGAUCAAAAAUUGAUUACGCUUCCAUCAUCUAUGAUUCAGUCAACCCCACGAUCCUCAAUUCGCUUAACACCAUCCAAAAUACAUGUUUGAGAGUUUGUACAGGUGCUUUUAGAACCAGUCCCAUAUCUAGUCUCCAAGCAGAGACAGGAAUGCUACCUCUGGAACUUAGAAGACGUGAAUUAUGUCUUAAAUACAUGGUAACCAUUGCAACAACACCAGACAACCCCGCACAUAACAGCGUACUUAAGGACUUCUUGACACCACUGUAUGACAACAGUGAACGACUAAUCAAACCUAUUCGCAUACGCACUCGCGAAUAUCAAAGUGAGCUCGAAAUACCCCUACCACCGAUAUCAACCAGAAACCUCAGCUACUUUCCCCCAUGGGAAACACCUAUUAUCCACUGUGAUUGGCAAUUGUGCGAGCAUGACAAAUCCUCCACUGCCCCAGUUAUGUACCAAUCGCUGUUUCUAGAAAUGCAGGAAAAAUACAAAGACUGUGAAGAAUAUUAUACUGACGGUUCCGUAAUGAACAAUAAAACGGGCUAUGCAGUGACCUCUAAGACAUCAGUCCUAAGUGCCCAACGUAUGCACGGCCAUUGUUCCAUUUUCACCUGUGAAAUAUCUGCCAUAAUCUGUACAUUAACCAUCAUAAACAAUAAAAAUUAUAAAUCUACUAAUGUAAUCUACACAGAUUCAAUGUCAUCCCUCAAAGCCAUCACCAAUCAAAGCAACAACCACCCACUUGUUUACAAUGUACAUCAUCUACUAGAACAAAUCACAAGAAACAACUCCAACGUAGUUUUAGUUUGGAUCCCUGCACACCAAGAUAUAAGGGGCAACGAAUUAGCCGAUCAAGCAGCCAAGGAAGCCACACACACCGAAGAUAUUUCAAAUCCGAAAAUGACUCAUCAAGACGCCAAAAAGUACAUCCGCAGUAGGAUACUCGACUACUGGAACCGAAAGUGGCAAUCACUAUCACCUACUAAACUCCACGAAAUACGUAACAAUAUUUUCGAGAAAUUACCAAACCUCAAUCGGAAAAAUUACAGCACACUAAUCAGACUUCGAAUCGGCCACACAAACAUGAGCCAUAUCCAUUUGAUCACUAGGGAGAACCCAAACGAAUGCCCACUCUGUAGCUCUGCAUUGUCAGUGAAUCACAUAUUCUCAAACUGCCCUAGAUUUCAAGAGGAAAGAGACAAGUAUGGACUAAUUUCUGAUCUCCGAAACAUCCUGAACCAAUCUCAGCAUUUCUCCAAAGUGUUUUCAUUUAUUAAAGAUACUAAGCUAUCAAUAUAA